AUGGCCGACACGAGCAAUUUUUACCAUGGAGAGGCAUUGUACAAGGUUGAGAGAAACCCCACGGCCCAUGAGAUCCAGUCAAAUAAGCCCUGCAAGGACGAUAGCUCAGCUCAGUGUUCUUGCUGCAACCCCAGGGGAUGGCCCCGUGCAGUCAAGAUCCUCGUUCCUGUUGCAGUGGCUGCUGCGGUUCUAGCUGGUGUCAUAGCAGCCACUGUUCUAGGAACGAGGGGUACUCAAUAUCCCGAUUAUUUACCACUCGACUAUUUCCUGGUGGAUGAGUACCACCCAUCCUCCUUCUUUGAUCACUUCUGGCACCCUACCAAUGGAUUCGUCGAGUAUGUCGACCGUAAACAAGCAGAGUCCCUCAAUUUGAUACAUUCUACAGGCUCAUCUGUAAGCAUCAGAGUCGACAACAAAACCCGCGUAGGCUACGCGCCCCGAGGCAGAAAGUCCGUCCGACUCGAGUCCAAGAAAGGCUACGACAUGGGCCUAUUCAUCUUCGACAUUAUCCACACACCCUACGGCUGCGGAACCUGGCCCGCCCUGUGGCUCGCUGACACAUACAACUGGCCGCUCAACGGGGAAAUCGACGUCCUCGAAACCACAAACAGAGCUACAGAAGGCAACGUGGUCACCCUGCACACCGAUAAGGGCUGCAGCGUCAAGGGAAGACGGAAGCAGCUGGGCAGCGCGCAGUACUCGACGUGCGAUGAUAAGCACGGGAACGCGGGCUGUGCUGUUCAAGCUCGCCCGGCCACAUACGGGCAGGAGCUCAAUGAAGAUGGCGGUGCUAUAUACGCGGUCGAACUGCGAGAAGCAGGAAUCCGAGUCUGGGGUUUCCCGCGCGGCUCCAUCCCAGAUGACAUCUCGAGUAUGGAGCGCAGACCUGACCCGUCCUCUUGGGGUCCAGCUCUGGCUGACUUCCCCAGCACACACUGCGACAUCCCGUCUCACUUUAGCAACCAGAGCAUCAUUGUCAACAUUGAUCUGUGCGGCGAGAUGGGCGCCCAACGGGAGGAGUACAAUGAUUUGUACGGUUGUCCGGCAACAUGUCAGGAGUUUGUCGCUCGUAACGCGCAAAAUUUAUCGCAGGCUUAUUGGGAGUUUCGCAGUUUUCGGAUCUAUCAGACGAUGUGA